CCUGAUCCUAUUGUACUACUACUACCUUUCCUGUGAACUUGCCCGGCUGGGUUCUAUAUAAAGCGAGCAGCGCUGCAGCAGCCAAACUCACAAUAACCAAACAGCAAACAAAUUGGACUCCCUACUCCCCAAGCUGCUCGAAUCUGGCAAGGGAGCCAUGAAUCUGGCAACGGGCGCCAUGGACUCCCUACUCCCCAAGCUGCUCGAGCUCCUCAAAGGCGAGUACAAGCUCAAGAAGGACGUCAAGGAAGGCGUCAAGUCACUCGAGACGGAGAUGCAGAGGAUGCACACUGUCCUCCGCGAGGUGGCGGAGGUGCCGCGGGACCAACUCGACGAGCAGUUCAAGCUCUGGGCAGGGGAGGUGAGGGAGCUCUCCUUCAACAUAGAGGACGUUGUCGACAAGUUCCUGCUGCGUGUCGAUGACGGCUCUGAGACCGCCGGCAAUUCAAACAUGCUCAAACGGCUCACGGAGAAGAUGGUUGGCCUGUUUACCAAGGGGAUGGUUGGCCUGUUUACCAAGGUGAUGGCUCGCCAUGAGAUUGCCGGUGCGAUCAAGGAGAUCAAUAAGCAAGUCCAAGAGGUUGCUAACAGGCGUGCUAGGUACACUACCGACGGUAUUGUAGCUAAGUCUGCAGCUGCGACGUCCAUCGAUCCUCGCCUCCGAGCUCUGUACACGGAAGUGACAGAGCUAAUUGGCAUUGUUGGGAAAAGGGAUCAAGAGCUAAUGAAGUUGCUCUCAGAGGGAGACAACGUGUCCAAGAAAAAACUGAAGAUUAUCUCUGUUGUCGGAUUUGGAGGAUUGGGCAAGACCACUCUUGUCAAAACGGUGUAUGACAAGAUCAAAGGAGAUUUUAAGUAUAAGGCUUUUGUUCCCGUCGGUCAAAAUGCCACCGUGAAGAAGGUUUCAAGAGACAUCCUCCUUGAUAUUGGCAUGUAUCCAAGUCAGUUAACCAUGUUGGAUGAAAGACAGCUCAUCAACAAACUUCGGCAAAUACUCGAGAACAAGAGGUACCUCAUUGUAAUUGAUGAUAUAUGGGAUGAAAACCUAUGGGAAUAUAUCAAAUUGGCAUUCUCCGACAGUAAUGUUGGCAGUCGACUAAUCACGACAACUCGUAAAGUUAGCAUGUCUAAAUUAUGUUGCCCAUCUACUAAUGAUUCAAUUUAUCAAAUGGAACCUCUUAGUUUUGAUGAUUCAAAAAGACUCUUCUAUAAAAGGGUAUUUUCCGACGAGAGUGGAUGUCCUCGUGAAUUUGAAAAAGUGUCUAUAGAUAUAUUGAAGAAAUGUGGUGGAGUGCCAUUAGCGAUCAUCACUAUGGCUAGUCUUUUGGCUAUUGAUCAACGGGUAAAACCAGAGGAUGAAUGGAAUGUUUUGCUUCAGUCAAUUGGUCGUGGACUUACAGAAGUCCCCAGUGUAGAGGAAAUGCGGAGGAUAUUGUCAUUUAGCUAUUAUGAUCUACCCUCCCAUUCGAAGACAUGCUUAUUAUAUCUAAGCAUGUUUCCGGAACAACACGAGAUUAGAAGAGAUCGGUUGAUAUGGAUGUGGAUUUGUGAAAGUUUUAUCCAAUGUGAAAAAGCAAACACUAGUCUCUUUGAGACCGGAGAAAAAUACUUCAAUGAGCUAGUGAAUAGAAACUUGAUCCAGCCGGUAUAUGGUGACGAAGGCAUGGUAUAUGCUUGUCGAGUACACGUUAUGGUGCUCGAUCUAAUUUCGUCCUUGUCAAGCAAAGAGAACUUUGUUACCAUAUUAAAUGGUACUGGUGAUGGCAUGUCUUCUAAGAGCAACGUCCGCAGGUUGUCUAUCCAAAAUGCUAGUAAAGAAGAACAUCAUUCCAAAAAAAGAAAAAGGAGAGAAGAACAUCAUUCGAAAAAAGGAAAAAGAAAAGAAGAACAUCAAACCACACCUCUCAAAUCUGUGAGUAUGUUGCAAGUGAGGUCCAUUGCUUUAUUUGAACCUGCUAUUGGUCUAAUGCUGCCUUUCUCGAGAUUUGUUGUUUUACGUGUAUUGGAUUUGACUGGAUGUGAUCUUCGUGAUCAGAAUCAUCUUAACAUUCGAGAGUUGGGGGGUUUAUUUCACCUAAGGUAUCUAGGUUUAGGCCAAACAGGAAUUUCUGAGCUCCCGGAAGAACUUGGAAAGUUGAAGUUUUUGCUGGUGCUGGAUUUGAGUGGAGAUUUUAUUAAAGAACUGUCAACGGUUAUUAAGCUGAGAAGAUUGAUGUGCCUACUUGUUUACUUCAAAUACAAGAGGCUUCCAGAUGGGUUGGGAAACCUGACAUCAAUGGAAGUGCUGCGUACGAUCCGUGGCAAUUCUAUAAGCAUUGUGAAAGAGCUGGGCAACAUGGAAAGAUUAAGGGAGCUCGGAAUUUUGUUUGAUGAUUUGAGCUUGGAGAUGGAGGAAGCUUUUGUGGAGUCACUAGGGAAAAUGUCCAACAUCCAGAGUCUAUACAUUACCGUCCGGGAUGAUGAUUAUGUACCCAUGGAUGUCUUGGGGGGAAGUUGGGUGGCCCCUCAACGUCUCCGGGAAUUUCUCAUAGCGAGAUCUGCCAAAUUCUCUACACUGCCAACGUGGAUAAAGAGGGGUCCAUCGCAUCUGUUACAACUCUCCAUCUUAAGGAUCUUUGUCAGGGAUGUGCGGCAGGAGGAUCUGGAAAUCCUUGCAAGGUUACCAGCUCUUCGUUGUCUCAGCUUGCGAAUGGAGGAUCCGGAAAUCCAAAGGCAGCUAGUUGUCGGUGAUGAUGGGUUUCGUUGUCUGACAUCAUUCGAGCUGUUUACCGAGUUUCUGGGCCAUAUCGUGUUUCAACCAGGAGCUCUGCCCAAGGCUAAACAAGUGAGGUUCAGUAUCGGUCUGCGGGCCGCAAAAGAGCCAGCAGCUGGUAAUGGUGGUGAUUGUUUUGACCUGGGUCUGGGGAACCUGCGGUCCCUUCGGGAGGUUCUUGUUGCAGCCAUCCGUUGGGGAGAGGACACCGAGCAAGUGGAGGAUGCGCUGGAGGAUGCCCUGAUGCACGCAAUCUGGGCCCAUCCUAACUGUCCUAGCCAUCAACUGAUCACGGUCCCGGACAUGAAGCGGCUCAUGAUAAGCCUGCCGGCUGCUAUUCCAAACUAUGGACGUAUGUCUGAGCGCUGGAGCAUGGCGGGCGACCUCUUGAGCGACGAGUGAGCGCGCGGCAAAGAGUACCGUGCCAUUUUAUUUUCCUUAAUUAUUACUGAUUAUUUCUCAAAAAACAUGUGGUCAUUUUACAAGAAAAAAAAAGUUUACAUUUUUUGUGCUCUCAAGUAGUGUCUAGUGGUGUGUUGCCUCAUGAAAAAAAAAACAAAAAAAAAAUAUGGGCGUUAGGUUUUAUGGCAUUUACUAGUUCUAUAUAUUAUGCGUGCGUUGGUUUUCUUUUGGUUUUGGUGGGUGGAUUUUUCGGGAUGUGGGGAGUGGGGAACUCCGCCUAUGAUAUUUAUUUUAAGCAUAUGCUAAAUAUUAUUCAUAGCCGGUCCCAAGCCCGGAAAAAAGAGGAGGGUCCAACCCCAAAAAUUAUCCGUGACCCCAAAAAUUCAUGAUUUGGUUUUUGAGAAUUGUCCUUUUUCUCCUUUCUACUAUUUUUCUGUUAUAUGGGGUUUACAUUAUCCGUCACUAGUAAAAGAGCCCGUGCGUUGCAACGGUAACAUGCAUGUUAGCUCUAUAUCGAAAUGCAUUGUCUACUUUUUUUUUAUAGUUAUAAAACUUUUCUUCAUCUUAUAUACGCUCUUGCUAUAAGGAAAAAACUCAUCCAUCAUGUAUGAUGUUGCGAAACCCAACUAAUAGUAGUUAUUAAUUAUUAUAAUUAAUAAGAAAAAUACAUCUCUUUUAGGUAAAAAGGGCAGUUCUAGAUCAUCUCUUCUUCUUUUUUUUGCGAAAGAGUUCUAGAUCAUCUCAAUACGAUAUCUCUAAGUUUACAUAGAUAGAUGUCCAAUAAAUAGUUCACAUAUAUGGAUUAACCUCCGGUGCGUGCAAAAAUCUAUUGGAUCACAAAAUUGCAAAUUGACAUCAAGAUUAAUAUUGCAUCCAUGUUAAAAAGAAUAAGCUCACGUCCAUAUUGGAAAAUCAUACAGCUUCAUUUUUUUCAUGGGACAAACCUGACAAUGUAUGUAUACAGAUUAACAAAUAUAUAUUCUAUAUACUUUCAGUUCCAUGGUUCAAAACCUGAAGGCUCAAAUCAAAUCACACGAAGUGCUUUGCUCAACUUGUGCGGUCGUUUGCUCGCUCGAUUGCUGGGCCCUCCCGCAGAAGUGAUGCUCUCUCUCAUUAUAUCACACAAUUUUAUGCUUUUUACAACUAAUCAGCAACUACUGUACAAUUGCGGAUGACAAACUAUUGUAUGCCACUACUGCAGGAUGGUUCAAAUGCAACACUACGAUCAGAGACCCUUCGACGAAACUGUGU